GCGUUAAUCCAGGAAGGAUUCGUUUAAACACAGAUUAACGACGAAUAAUACUCUUUGUACAAAAAUUCGUUUAUUUCUGGCAAGUUCCAUCUACAAAGUCAAAAUAAAAAUAAGACAGAUAAAAAAAUAAAUUUUUGAAAAAUUACUUUAAAACAAUUUCAGUAUUUAAAGUGUUUUUAUAUUUUGUGCUUAAAAAGAGACUUUGGAUUAAUAAAUAUAUAUUGCAAUUGUAAAACGCACGUCAAUUUAUUUCCUAAUAAAUGCUUUAAAAAGGAAUUUUGGCAUACUGACCACUGUUUCUUGGUUGUAUCUUUAUCAGCGUUUACAUAUAUGGAAUGGUGAAAAAAAGAAGAUCCAGGUUGCAUUACUUUAAUUUGUUGGUAGAGUCAAUGGGAACUUCCUCGCCCCUGUGUACUAGCUGUGGUCACUCAUUGACCCUACACCGAUGACAGGGAGGCAAUAAAGUCUGACAGAUAUGCCGCCUGUUCUAUAUUUAGAUCGGCCCACGCCCCUGCCCGUGUAUGUGUCCUGAGGUGGGCACCUAAACACUUACAGACUUCGUUCUUUCAUUGUACGUCGCUGGGACUUGCAAAGUAAACACUGGUACCAUGUCGCUGGCUUGUGGAAGUAAAUGUUUGAAGUAUAUUCUUUUUAUCACAAAUUUCGUCUUUUUUCUGAUUGGUCUAGGCACUGUGGGUCUGGGGGUCUGGGCGUUGUUAGACGACGACAGAAUCCUCAUUCUGACCGAGGUGGGCGACUCCGGAAGUUUCGAUGUAGUCUCCCUUAUCCGCACGGGGGCGCUUGUUCUGAUUGCCAGCGGGGGAGUGGCUGUUCUGAUCGGAUUUCUGGGAUGCUGUGGAGCCGUCAAAGAGAACAACUGUCUUCUGUUUGCUUAUUGUGUGGUAAUGGUCGUGAUCCUUUUUGUUCAAAUAGCAGCAGUGGUUAUAGCUGCCAUAUUUCAAAGCAAAGUGACAGAAGAUUUGAAGGCCUUUUUAAAAUCUCGACUGAGUGCCCAGUACGACGGGGAUGUGAAGACGGGGGACCCUUUUUCUCUGGGGUUGGAUGUGGCCCAACUUCAGUUUGAAUGCUGUGGCAUAGACAACUACAUGGAUUUUCUCUCCGCCACCAGGUGGCAGGACAAGAAGAAUACGUCAGACAUCAUCCCUCUCACGUGUUGCAAAUUCACCAAUAAGGAAUCUUUUUACAAAGAUGUUAAUUCCUUGAAUAUGGAUGACACUUCAUGUCAAACUUCCCCCUCUGAUGAAAACUCGAACUUUCGAAAGGGUUGCUGGAACGCCAUAUUAGAAUACGCCAAUGAUAAAGCAAUCUACGUCAUCGCCAUUGGGGUUGCGAUAGGAGUCGUGGAGGUGCUGUGUGUGGUGGUAGCAGUCUGUCUCAUUCAGGCUGUUCGGAAGUCGGAUGAGGAGGAAUCCCAGUAGUUCCCACGGGAAACAUGUCGUAGCAAGCAACGUUAUUCACUGUGCAAAAAUUAGUCGUAUUGUGUCGUAACGUAAACGUUUUACUCGCAUUUUUGCUGGUGACAAAAAAGUUUGCUUUGUGACUCGCCUACAACACAUCGUUCAUCGUUCAUCGUUUCCCAAAGAUUCGCUCUUUGGAUCAUUUAAUAUGUAUAUAUUUAUAUCAUACAUCCCCAUAAUGAAGUCCCAUGCAGAUCGGAGGUUAAACCCAUGUGACCUUUAUGUAGUAAUAAUUUCAGAUUAAUAUAGUUGAUUGUAAUGACGUGUGAAAAUCGCAUGUUUUAUAAUUUUUCUCUAAUAAAGCCACAAAACUGAAAAGCU